AUGUGGAUGCUUUAUAAGAAAUUACUCCCUUCAAAGAAAACUAAUGAAAAUAGAGACAGAUUAGUUAUGAAAAUUGAAAAAAUUUUAAGCAACGAAUGGCCUGAUCACGAAAUAGAAGUUUAUUUGUUUGGAUCAUCCGUAAAUCUUCUUGGAACAUCAACAUCUAAUGUUGAUUUAUGCAUUACGAUGCCAAGUAGAGAGUUAGAAAACAUAUCUGCACUGUCUGUGAAGUUGCAAAAAUAUAAUAUGAAAAUAACUGAAUGUGUUACCAAUGCUAAAGUUCCUAUUGUUAAAUUUUUGGAUCCUACGCUUAAUUUAGCAUGUGACAUCAAUGUUAAUAAUACUCAGGCCUUACUUAAUACAAUGUUAAUAAAGUCGUAUGUAAAUUUAGAUCCAAGAGCUCGCCCUUUAGUAAUAACAAUAAAACAUUGGGCACGAAUUCGAAAAUUAAACAAUGCUGCUUGCGGAACCCUAUCAUCAUAUACUUGGACAUGUAUGGUUUUGAAUUUCCUUCAAAUGCGUAAUCCUCCAAUUUUACCAGUAUUAAAGGUUAAUAGAAAAAAUGAAGAUAUUGAAUUGUUGAAACUAGGAAGGUGCCUUAAUAAAUACGAAAAAAAUUGGAUACGUUGGAAAUUAUGUAUAGAAGAACCUUUUAAUAUAGAAAGGAAUCUUGGAAAUGGAGUGAGUUAUGAUGGUUUUAAAAAAAUUAGGAAGGAAUUUCGUAGGGCAGUAAGAAUUCUUUAUAAAGCGGAUCUCAAAGUUUAUGAGAUUUAUGAGUGUGAAAAUGAUGAUGACGGAUCUCUUGUAAUUACUUCAGAAGCUUUAAGUAAAGCUAAA